AUGCAUGAAAUGAGAGCACCGCUUGUAAAUCUCCCUUACGGAGUUCCUGCUGGUUAUAACGGGACAAUCUGCAGCAGCAAUGGCGGUACUGAAGUGGGAAUUAGUCACAAUGAUGAUCAUGAGCUGAGAAGAGGGCCUUGGACACUGGAGGAAGACACCCUUCUCUCCCAUUACAUUGCCAGGCAUGGCGAAGGCCGCUGGAACAUGCUCGCCAAAUGUGCUGGACUGAAAAGAACUGGGAAGAGUUGCAGGCUGAGAUGGCUCAAUUACUUGAAGCCAGAUAUUAAGAGAGGGAAUCUCACUCCCAAAGAGCAGCUUCUCAUCCUCGAACUCCAUUCCAAGUGGGGUAACAGGUGGUCACGAAUAGCGCAACAUCUGCCUGGGAGAACGGACAACGAGAUCAAGAACUACUGGAGGACGCGAGUGCAGAGGCAGGCAAGGCAGCUCAACAUCGAAUCCAACAGCAAAAAGUUCCUCGACGCUGUGAGGUGUUACUGGAUGCCACGUCUGCUUCAGAGAGUUGAACAGCAGCAAACUUCGUCGUCAUCCGAUGGUCAACUUCCAACAACUUCAAAUACUAUGCCUGCAGAUCAGAAUCUGCAUCAUCAGGUGGCUGCAGUUGAAUCUGGUUCUCUGUCACCGUCCGCAGCAGAUCACGCCCAUUUUAAUGAUGAUGAUCAGCAACUUAUCUCUAAUCCUUGUUCUAAUUACCCAUUAAAAGAGGAAACCCACUUCUCAAACUCGACUUCGGUCAAUGGUCUCAUGAUGACGGACUCCACAACGAUGUCGUACCAGCAAAACCCUGAGGGGGGAAAGAUUCUUGAAUCGGAAUAUGUCGGAUUCUCCAUGGGAAACUGCAACUGGAACAUGAUUCUGGGAGAUGGAACAAACUAUCAUGAUCAGUACUAUGAAGAGAUGUCGAUGGUGGUGGAUCCAUUGAUGAUGGCAGCUGCUGCUUCAGGUUCACAGUCGACAGCUGAUCAUCCUGAAUUGUGCCAGGUGGGAGGUGACGACAGCAACUGGGUGGGGUAUAGCUAUGACGUGGCGGAUACACUAUGGAACUUGGAUGACACGUGGCAGUACAGGGGCGUCGAGGGAAUGGGCAUCUAG